GAGUCGAAGGAACCGGAAACUCGUGAUUUCUUUGAGGAUGAAUUGCGCGGUUACAGGUUGUUGAAGUCUGCAAGAUUGACAACUAGUGAGCGACAGAACAUAUUGACACAGACAAACAACUCCGCGGGGUUCUUGCAGAUCAGACGAGCACUGCGCACUUUGUUUUCUGAAGACGAUGAUUCUGGAAAAGGCGGUCUUCGUAAAGGCCGACUCUACUGGAAUGAGUAUGAAGCUCAUGGCGAAGAUGAGGAUGAGUCCUGGAUGUGGGAAGCUGACGAUCCAGGGACCUGGGCUUGGGAUGACAGUCAGUACAACUAUUGGCAAUCAUGGACCGAUGAUUCAUGGUAUCAGCAACAAGACAGCUAUGUAGAUGAAGGUGCAUGGGAUGAAGAGCUGUUGAAUGAGACUGCCAAUGCCGAUGACAAUUCUGAUCCCGCGGAGCAGCAAUUUAGAGAAGCCUAUGCACUUGCUGGUGAAGCCAACAAGACGUUAGCAGAAGCCAGGGAUGCAGUCAGGUCACUGCGUUCAAUUGGGGCAAUCAUGGCAUACGAUCAGAAUCUCUUCAUCUACAACGACAAGGCAUCGGGUUCUCAAUGGAUGGCGGUCAAGAUGCAGCCUUUGCCAUCAGCACAUGUUUCAGUUGAUUUGAAGGGUGAUUUGACAGCAAUGGAUGGAAAAUGGGAAGAUGUUUUUCAUGCUAGUACUACGGUAGUUCAUGCUGAUGAUGAAGGGCCUCAUUUUGGAAAGCCAUCUGUCAUGAUGAUGUCAAAACAGCUGACUCAGUCUCACAUCCGACAGUCCUUGGCCCAGAAGAUUUUUCAUUUGCGUCAACGUAUCCGUGAUGGAAGCACGUCGACAGCCAUGUGCCCAGGACGACCCCAGACUGGUGGGUGCAACAAGAAUCACGAUCUGAAGAGUCGCACAAACCAGUAUGCGACAUGGCAGGCAUGCGUCAAAUGUGGCCUCAGAAUGAGCUAUCAGGUGAAGGGAUCCGGCAAUGGAGAGCAUCGCCACAUGGGUCCACAUCCCAAUCAAGUGAUGGUGGCCAUGGAACAGCUCCGAACCCAUCACACUGCCGAGAAUAUCACCGAGAAGAUGGUGAAUGGAAAGUUGAUGGAGCUGAAGGGCAUUCAGCUACAGCAGGGCUUGUCCAAUUCCAUGGCGAUCAAUAUGAGCCUUCGGGAGUAUCGCUGCGACCAGGGAUCCAACGGCUACACCAUGCCGAAAGGUCAGACAGACCUGUUGAUGGAGGCGGCAGAGAAGCACCUUCGGGAGAAAGGGCUAGAUGGCUUGGAUCCGGAGGAGUUCAAGGAACGUGUGAUGAACUACUGGGAGGUCAAGAAGGAACCCAAGCCCGAGAUCAACGACCCGAAGGCGGCAGAGGCUAUGGUCCUCGAGAUCAUCUCUUCGGACGAGGAGAACACCAAGGACACAGCUCAGGGUUUUGGUAGCGCCAAUGUGUUGAAAGGCCGCCAUCAUGAGUCUCGUGUUCAUGACUCCCAAGCCAAGGGUUUUCAAGAGGUUGCCACACGUUUUCAUGAUGAGCCAUCCAAGCAGACCAACCGUGACGGCACCCAUUUGAAUUGUGCCGAAGCCUCCUUGCCAGUUCCAGGGCCUGGAGGUGGAAAACGUUGUGGCAUCCAGCCAAUGAUUUCCAAGAAGCUUGCAGCCAAUGUGGCAUUUUUGGGUGCGAUCCUGAUGUGUUCUGUUCGGUCAAUGUUCACGAUGAUGUCCGACCACAACUUCAUGGAAGUGGCAUGUUCUCCCACGUCAUACUUGUCAAGUCGCAUGCAAGAUCUUGGAUAUCCCAUUCAAAGGGUCAAUUGCCGUGAGGGUUUUGAUUUAGAUAGGAAAGUAGGCACUACCAAGCUUCGACACCGCAUUGCCCAAUCUCCUCCAGAGCAUUGUUGGACUCGUCUUUCCAAUUUAAAUCAUUUGACCCGAAGAACCGAUGCAGAAGAAGCCGCAUUCCAAAAGCGGCAAUCCAAUGAUUUGCAAAGAGCUUAUGAGGUUUCACCGGCGUUGGAACCAGUUCUUUCCACCGGAGGUGAUGUCAGUUGGGAAUGGCCGACUGGUGCUUCAGCAGGUGAUGUCCCAUCCAUGGAACAGAUGCAGAGUGAUUUGUCUGCUGCCGAUGUUCAGCAGGAACCUUCGGCAGUCCAACCAGUCCGACCUGACACAUGGAAACUGCACAAUGAAGACGGCGCAUCAUGGCUGAUCCGUGUUCACAAUAUGCCUCGUUUAGCCUUGUUUACACCUGCUAGAGCCACCACAUGUCCUUUUGAUGAUGCAAGCUUGACAGGCGUGAGGCAGACCAGGUUGCGUGGCAUUCCCAAGGGUUCUGAAACCGUGAAGUUAGAAGAUAACUAUCAAGAAAGUGACGAGCCAAACCGAUUGAUGCAAGAGCGUUGGAUUGGUGAGGCUUGGCUUGAAAUCAAACCAGAAUCCAGACCAGCCAAAUCCCAAACCACGACUGGCCAGAAGCGGAAGUCUGAGAAUGCCGAUCGUGAUGAUGUACAGGAUGAUGAACCAAAAGAUGAUGAUGUUGUUCCAGAUGAGGGUUUGGACCAGCAACCAGAUGAUCAAGAUCGGGUUUUGCCGCAAGUUCCAGGGAUUAGUCCACUGACCACUGCCUUGAGAGACCGAGGGGCCAAUGCAGUCGACGGCAUCCUCCGUAAUCCCGCAGUAGGAGCCAACAUUAUGGAGGUUGAUGCAGCUGAUGUUGCUAUCGAAUCGUCGAGCAGUUCCGAUUCAGAGGAGUUGGUCCCUGAUGUAAAGCAAGAAGAGCAUGAA